ACAGGUCGGAUGAGUUACCUGCCCCUAUAUAUUCAGCCUCCAUAGGCCUCUCAGUUAUAUCUCUCCCAGGGCUCUGAGAAUUACGCACCUGUCCCACUGCACAGAGGAAAAUGCUGCUGAUUGCUGUUCUCUGUGCUAUGCCAUUCAUAAUCCACGCACAGUCGACUGGGACUUUACCUUCCUCUUUAUGGACUACUACUUCGACAGUCCAACAGGUGAUUGUUGAUACCCACAAUGGCUACAGGAGGAGUGUGAAUCCCUCUGCACGGAACAUGCUGAAAAUGAUGUGGAGCGAGGCCGCGGCUAGCAAUGCAGCGACAUGGUCAGCAACCUGCCCUGCGGCUCAUAGCCCUACAUCCCAACGCACCAUUUCAGGUGUCACCUGUGGGGAAAACAUAUUCAUCGCUUCCUAUCCAGCCUCUUGGCAGGAGGCCAUUACAGCAUGGAAUAGUGAGUCCCAGUACUUCCAGUACGGUGUGGGACCCACAAGUUCCAACCAGGUCACAGGACAUUAUACCCAGCUUGUGUGGUACAAUUCAUACAUGGUGGGAUGUGCUGUCUCCAACUGUAACAACCAGUACAUUUAUGUUUGCCAGUACUGCCCAAUGGGAAAUAAUCUCAACACCAUCACCACUCCAUACAAGUCCGGCCCGGCGUGCGGAGAUUGUCCAGGAGCCUGUGAUAAUGGCCUUUGCACCAAUCCCUGUCCGUAUCAAGAUAUGUAUUCCGGCUGCAGUAAUUACAUUGCCUAUUGCAAUCUCAUUCCUACCAUAACCAAUGGCUGCCGUGGGACCUGUCUCUGUAGGAACAAUGAGAUCAUAUGAUUGGGGACCUUCCGUCUGGGCCACGGGGGGACCAAUCAGCAUUCGCUGGAAUGGAUAUGGGAGCGGUACUGCAGUCUCCAUCCAAUGAAAUGAUUAAAUUAAUAAAAUAAUCGCACAGAUUUAAUUAUAAAUAUAUACUGUAUAUAUCUAUAUGGGUGGAUGUGAAAAAUUUGUAAUUAAUUUAUUGGCUUCUGGAACAGCUACAGUGUUUUUAAUGACGUCACAACUGCAAAAUAAAACAAUUUGAACAAUUAA